AUGAAUAAUAAAAGUUCCACCGCAGGGAGGGAGUUGCAUAAAAUUCAGAUGAGGAUUAACUGCAAAGAUGUUUCAGCUGCCACCCUCUAUGAUGUUCUUCAUGACACACAUUACAGGAAGAAAUGGGACACUAAUAUGAUUGAGACGUAUGACAUCGGUCGGCUGACAGUCAAUGCAGAUGUGGGCUAUUACUCCUGGAAAUGUCCAAGUCCACUGAAGAACAGAGACUUUGUUACUUUGCGUUCCUGGCUGCCUCUUGGCAAUGACUACAUGAUUAUCAACUACUCUGUGAAGCACCCAAAAUACCCUCCAAAGAAGGACAUUGUGCGAGCUGUCUCACUCCAAACUGGCUACUUCAUCAAAUCGAAUGGAGCUAACAGCUGUACUCUGUACUAUCUAACCCAAGUGGACCCAAGAGGGUCUUUACCAAAAUGGGUUGUGAAUAAAGUUUCCCAGUUUGUAGCUCCCAAGGCUAUGAAGCGGAUUUACAAAGCCUGUUUGAAAUAUCCUGAGUGGAAGCAGAGACACAACCCUAACUUCAAGCCCUGGGUCUAUCCUGAGCAGAAUACACUGCCGAGCGUCAGCCUUUCAGAACUCUCACUGCAGCAUGCCUCCUCACUAGAGAACAUUGAUGAAAGCAGCUUGUCAGAGGAGAAGGUUCACAUCAGUGAUGAGGAGGAUAGCUAUUCAAAGGAAUCAUAA